AUGAUGAUGAUGCAGCAGAAAGAUGAGGCGGUGGUUUGGUGGCCGGCGGGAAACGAUGCGCAGUCGACGGGGACAGCAGCAGGAACAAAAAGACGAAUAGCCGAUGAGAAGCAGGAAGUCAGCGCGGAGCGGAAGAAAGGAAAGGCCAGGGCAAGCCCCAAGGACAGACGCAGGCCCGGUCGUGACAGCACCGGCGGCGAGGAUGCGUGGGGGCAUCACGGAGGAAAGCCGAAAAAUGGAAAUUCCAUCGGCGACUGCUUUGCAAGAGCCUUGUUGGUGGCUGUUGAGUGUCUAUCCUUGAUAUUACAUGGACCCCAAGCCAUGCAGACCGCUCUAUUUCGCAGUUUACGGAGCACCAUGCAGGGCAUCUGCAGGUGAAUUAAAGCGGGCGAGACAGGACCAGAGGCCGACAGGCUCGCGGCACCUGGCGCCAAACACAAAGUGCGGAGGAAGCCACACAAUGUAGUCUCGACAUGCAGGUCUAAGUCGUCCUCACAUGCACACCGAGGAAUUAAUUGCCCUGCUCUCGGCGCACGUCGAAGAGACCCGCGGGGAACAUGGAAGUGGCGGGCGGCAAGUGGGCUGGCUGAUGGGGCGAACAGACCACCGCCAUCGACGUUGCCUGAACGCUGAACAGCCAGCAUGCAAUACGAACAAGAUAACGCCUGGAAGCCGGCACGGAGAAAAGGGGUUAGAUCCUUCAGCCAGGAUAGCUAACGCAUACUAGCACCAGUUUAGGACGUUUCUCAAGUGCGGCCAUCGAGGUCUAGACGCAAUCGAGGGACGCAGGGAGCAAAGAAAAAGAAAGUUGAUGCGCCAAGUGAGCUCGUCAUUAACCAUGUCUAGGAUCCCG